GCGGGCGGCAGGCGGGGCUGGGCCCCGGGCCCUGCGCUCCGGCUCCAUGGGUAGUGGGGGGCAGCGGCUGUAGGCGCCUCCUUCUCCUGCGCCGCGCCGCGCGGCAGGGCCGGGAAACAGCAGCGGCAGCGGCGUGGCCUCCCCUGCCCCAUGGCGGGCUACGCUCCCCGCCUGCCCCUGCUGCUGCGGAGGCUGCCGCCGCCCUGGGCUCGGGCCGCCCGGCUCCCCUCGAGCGGCGCUCGGCUCCUGCUGCUCUCGGCCGGCAGGUGCGGGGCCCCAGCCGAGCCCGGCCCCUUGCGCCUCCUCCGCGGCGGCGGCGGCCCCCGCUUCGCGUCCUCCCGGGUGGCCGGGGCGGCGGCAGUUGGGGAACCCGAGAGGAGGAGCGGCCCCCGGGGAAGCGGGGGAGACUCCGAGUUGAAGAGGCUGCUGGCCCUGGCGCGGCCCGAGCGCUGGAGACUGACAGCUGCUGUUGGCUUUCUGACAGUUUCCAGUGUCAUCACCAUGUCUGCCCCUUUCUUCUUGGGGAAAGUUAUCGAUGUAAUUUAUACAAAUCCCACUGGAGAUGUCGCCGAUAGCCUGACCAGCCUCUGUGCCUUGCUGAGUGGAAUUUUUGUGUGUGGUGCUGCUGCUAAUGCUGUUCGUGUCUACCUCAUGCAGACUGCAGGACAAAGAAUUGUGAAACGUCUGAGAGCAACUAUGUUCUCUUCUAUUUUGAAGCAAGAAGUUGGUUUUUUUGACAAAACCAGCACAGGAGAACUGAUUAACCGCUUGUCUUCAGACACAGCACUGUUGGGCCGUUCUGUGACUGAAAACCUUUCUGAUGGACUAAGAGCAGGAGCUCAAGCAUCAGUUGGGGUUGGAAUGAUGUUUUUUGUCUCUCCAAAACUUGCUGCAUUUGUUCUGAGUGUUGUGCCCCCUCUGGCUAUCAUAGCUGUGAUUUAUGGAAGAUAUCUGCGAAAACUUACUAGAAUGACCCAGGAUUCCCUUGCAGAAGCAACACAGUUAGCUGAAGAACGUAUUGGAAACAUAAGAACUGUUCGAGCUUUUGGGCAGGAGAUGACCGAAAUAGAGAAGUAUACAAGCAAAGUUGAUUACGUGCUGCAAUUAGCUAAAAGAGAGGCAUUAGCUCGGGCAGGCUUCUUUGGUGCAACUGGGCUUUCUGGGAACAUGAUUGUCCUUUCUGUUCUGUACAAAGGAGGAUUACUGAUGGGUAGUGCCCACAUGACUGUUGGUGAACUGUCUUCCUUCUUGAUGUAUGCAUUCUGGGUUGGAGUUAGCAUUGGAGGUUUGAGCUCUUUCUAUUCUGAGCUUAUGAAAGGAUUAGGAGCUGGAGGACGUCUGUGGGAACUUAUAGAAAGAAAGCCAGAGCUUCCAUUUAAUGAUGGAAUUGUGUUAAACAAAGACAUGUUCAAAGGUGCUUUGGAAUUCAAAGAGAUCCACUUUGCAUAUCCAACACGUCCAGAAAUUUCAGUUUUCCAAGACUUCAGCCUUUCCAUUCCAGCUGGCUCUGUUAUGGCACUGGUUGGCCCAAGUGGCUCAGGCAAAUCAACCAUUGUAUCUCUUCUGUUGAGGCUGUAUGAUCCCAUCUCAGGUAUUAUCACCGUUGAUGGCAUUGAUAUCCGUCAACUGAAUCCACUCUGGUACAGGACUAAAAUUGGAACAGUGAGUCAGGAACCAAUUCUAUUCUCCUGUUCUAUUGCUGAAAAUAUUGCCUAUGGAGCUGAGGACCCUUCUAUGGUAACUGUUGAAGAAAUCCAGAAAGUUGCUGAAAUAGCUAAUGCUGCCAAUUUUAUCAGAGACUUUCCAGAAGGAUUCCACACUUCAGUUGGAGAAAAAGGCACUCUCCUUUCAGGUGGGCAGAAACAACGAAUUGCAAUUGCUCGAGCGCUGCUCAAGAAUCCUAAAAUUCUUCUUCUAGAUGAAGCAACAAGUGCUUUGGAUGCUGAAAAUGAGUAUCUAGUGCAAGAAGCUCUAGAUCGGCUUAUGGAAGGGAGGACAGUCCUAAUUAUUGCUCAUCGUCUGUCUACUAUUCAGAAUGCUGAUUCUGUUGCAGUUCUUGAUCAAGGCAGAAUUACUGAAUGUGGAAAACACGAGGAACUUCUUGCAAAUCCAAAUGGACUUUUCAGGAAGCUAAUGAAGAAACAAGCUUUUCUUCAGAAUAGUAAAACUUUUGCAUUAAAUGUGUAAAAUCCAGACAAAAGGAAUUUUUAAAAGAAAAUAUAUGAAAGGAAAUAUAAAGAAUAGAAACUUACAGAGGACAAAGAAUAUAACUUUGUUUCUCAUUAUGUAAAGUAAAUGUUAUAUUUUUUCCAAAGUGUACAAAGUAUCAUUUUGAAACUUAGAUGUGUUAAACUUUUUAUUCAGAGAUUUUUAAUAAUUAUUGUAACUUUUUAAAUGUCCACAGCACUGAAUUUGUUUUCAAAGUGUAUAGAUUCUUCUGCUUUGUCGUAACUUAAUUGAUUCAGUAUGGCAUUUUCUCUACUUCAUUGCUAUACAGUGCAUUAAACUCUAUUCUCAAGCAAGUUCCUAAUUUUAGGGAAAUUAGAAAUCCAGAACCUGGUAAUUUCACCACCACCAUCUCUUGCAUAUCAGGGGCCUUUUGCUUUCUGGGCUUGUCACUGUACUUUGGCUUUAAAAGACUGAAGUUCAGAAUUGUGUGACAGUAGUGGCAUAGGAAAAACUCUUCAGUCUCCUUUUUCACAUGCUGCUUUUUUCUCUUCCUUUUCAAAAUAAAACUGGAAGUUGAGGGGUGUAAUCACCAUCUGCAGUAACUGUAGAUAAUUAUUUAUAAACAGAAGUUAUUUUAAAUUAUUUGGAAGCUUGGAUGGGGAGUAGUACUCUUGAGAGCUUCAGGUUUUACAGCUAGGGCAAAGGGAGCAGAAUUGCUGCUAAACAUUAGUUUGUACUAGAAAAUUCUGAAAUUUGCAUGCAUCUCCGCAUUUCUGUAUUCUUCUGGUCUUUACUUUCAUUACACUCUAAAGAUGACCUUUAAAGGAACAAACAGUGGGCUUUUGCACUUUUUUGCCCCCACGUAAAGGGUAUAUAAAUAAUGCUCAAAGCUUUAUUUACAACUUUUUUCUAUUGUCUGUUAGAAAUUCAAGUCUUAUUUAGCUAUGAAGACUCUGGGGAAACCAGAGUCACAAUAAAAGACUGACAUUUGAGCAACUGAGAGGGGAGGGAAUGUUUAGUCAGUGUUUAACACUCCCCUAACUCCCAUGACUACCUGAAUGCUUGGGUGAAAAGAUGCCCUGUUAAAUAUGCAAAACGCUUGCCCCUUCAAUUAAGGAGAAGUACACAAAAGUGUGAGAGCACCAGCAAAAUCAAGCAGGACCAAAUCUGAUGUUCUUGAUACUUAAGUUUAAAAAACAAAACAAAAAAACAAACAAAAAACCCCCCCCCACUUCUAGUGCAGACCUUUUUUAUUCAUUGUGAAGAAAUAAACAAAAGUCCAAAGCCAAUUUUAAAAAAACAUUCUUUUGCAACUCACCUUCAGAGCAGUCUAUGCUGGCGUAAGCCUAUGCAUUGUUAAAACAAUUGUAAGCAGCGGGUGAAUUUCCUAGUACAGGGUAAGGCUUCAGUAAAAUGUAUGUUUGAGAAUGGUGUACUGCAGCUGCCUGCAGUUAUACAUUUCAGGAACAGCUUGGGGUAAAUGAGGGAGAGAGCAGGUGGUGGGGGGAGGAGGGGAAUGUACCAGACAAUGAGCUUUUCAGCAUCGACUAUUAAGCGUCCCUGUUUUAGGAGGAAAAGCUCUAAGUAUUUUACUUUCUACCUUAGUUAUGCCAAUAAUUAAGGUUGCCAGGUGUCCAGUUUUUGACCAGAACGCCCAGUCGAAAAGGGACCCUGGCAGCUCCAGUCAGCACUGCUGACCAGGCCAUUACAAGUCCAGUCAGCAGUGCUGCGAGGCUAAGGUAGGCUAUUCCCUACCUGUCCUGGCACCGCGCUGUGCCCCGGAAGCAGCCAGCAGGUCUGGCUCCUAGGCCUGGGGGACAUGGGGCUCUGUGCGCUGCCCCCACCCUGAGCACCAGCUCCGCACUCCCAUUGGCCGGGAACUGCAGCCAGUGGGAGCAGGAGCAGGGGCAGCGGAGACGGUGUCUGCAGGCGAGAGCAGCACGCGGAGCCUCCUGGUCCCCCUGCCUAGGAGCUGGACCUGCUGCUGGCCGCUUCCGGGGCGCAGUGCAGUGCCAGGACAGGCACGGCGCCUGCCUUAGCCCUGCUGAACCGCUGACUGGGAGCUGCCCGAGGUAAGCCCAUGCCCCAGCCCUGAGCCCCCCUGCCAAACCUGGAGCCCCCUCCUGCACCCCAAACCCCUCAUUCCCCAUCCCAGAGCCUGCACCCCUAGCUGGAGCCCUCACCACCCCUGUCCCAGCCCAGAGCCCCCUCCCACAUCCUGAACGCUUCAUCCCAGAGCCUGUGCCCCCUUCUGCACCCGAACCCCCUGCUCCAACCCACAGGCCCCUCCCGCACUCCAAAUCCCUCAGCCUCAGCCUGGAGCCCCCUCCUGCACCCCAAAUCCCUCAUCCGCAGUCCCACCCUGGUGUCUGCACUCCCAGCCAGAGCCCUCAUCCCCUCCUGCACCUCAACUCCCUGCCCCAGCCUGGAGCCCCCUCCCAAACCCCUCAUUUCUGGCCCCAUCCUGGAGCCUGCACCCCCAGUUAGAGCCUUCACUGUCUCCCAAGCCCCUGCCCCAGUGAGCCACUAAGGGAGGGAGAAUGUAGUGAGCAGCGGGUGGGGCCUCGGGGAAGGGGCAGAGCGAGGGUGUUUGGUUUUGUGCGAUUUAGAAAUUUGGCAACCCUAUAUGCCAUUGUGUGAAACAUUAAAAACAGUUCUAAAAACUACUGCAGGCUAAAAAUGCUGACAGAGAAUGCUUUAACUUCAAUACUUCCUACCCAUUAUUUCUCUCUAUGUACCCUUUCAAACGAUGGGCUUGUUCCUAAAAACCAUUACUAGUAAUCAUUCCCAGGUAAGGUGCAGAAUGAGCUCAUAAACUGUGCACUAGGUGUCUGUGUGGACCCUGCUGCCACACUGUAAAAGUUCCAUAGUGUGCUUUAAUCUACUCUCAUUUCAAAACAGCAUAGAUUAAAGUGCACCAUGGAACUCUUACAAUCUAUACUGUUUUGAAAUGGGCCUACAUUCAAGUGCAUUGCAGAACUUUUUGUGUGUGGCAGCAGGGUCCAGAUGUAAGUGGCAGGCUAGUAAGUGGCAGGCUAGCAUGAGUAGAUUUAUACCCCAGUUUGCCACGAACUAAGUGUUCCUAUAAACAAGCCCUGAGAGUCAUUGGGAUUUGGGCUCCUAAGUCACUUAGGCUUUUUUGAAAAGUUUAGCCAGUUUGAAAAGAGAAGGUAUAUACCAUAGCCACCAUGCAACUGCUGCAGGGAGCUGUGAUUUGCAUUGUGGGUAGGUGCCCAAUCCACAGAUCCUGCAGCGCGUGUUGGGAGUACUGUAUGUGGCCAAUACAGCGUAGCUUGUGAAGUUCUGCACAUUUUUGUCUUAUAUCACUGCAAUCCUACUAGUUCAAGCUUCAACAAUACAAUUCUUCAGCUUUGAGGCUUUGUAGGGAGAUUUAAUCUUUCUGCUAAGAAAACCAGUGUGUUUUU